AUUUAUAUAUAAACACAAACACUCUCUCUCUUCUAUUUCUCUUGAAUGAAGAGAACAACAAGAAAGAAAGCUAGCUAGCUUAUAAUUACAACACAAAAAAAAAAUAUUUAUAUUUUUGCAAAAAUUGAAACACAAAAAUGAGUCUCAUCAUGAUUGUGAUGAAGAACAUCAGUCUCAUUUUUCUUCUCAUUUCUGGAUCACUUAUAUCAACUUCACUUGCAGGUCGACAGUUGAUGAACUCAGGAGACCAGUUUAGCAAAGUGGUAAUGAUUCGUGAAGCAGAGGAGGAUGAUGAUGAGAUGUUAAUGAUGAAGAAGAUAAGAUUGGUUCAUGAGAGGGUUCUGAGGUCUAACACUAGAGACUAUGGCAGAUAUGAUCCAGCUCCAGCUCUUGUUAAGCCUCCUUUCAAGCUCAUUCCCAACUAAUUAAACAAACAUAUAUCAUCAUAUAUAUGUGACCACUUUGAGUUGUUGUACGUAGAAUCUAAAUAAAUGAUGUCAUAUAUAUAUAAUAUCCCUAUAUAUAAAAGGGUAAUAUGUAUAAUUAACUAAAAUAUGUGUUAUAUAUAUAUCUAAAUAUAUAUAUGCUUAUAAGUUUUGAACCCUAAUAUAAUAGUGUAUCAGGAAUCAAUGUUAUAUAAUAGCUAGUUUUCUUUUUUGUUU